AUGACAGAAGAAAGAACAGUACCAUCAAUUUCAACUCCUCAUUUUCGUUUCUUCGAUCUUAUGCAUGAAACGGAUGAUAAGCUACCACUACUUAACGACUACCAACAGCCGAUACAACGCUCACUCAAAGAAGCAAUCGCUUACAUACAACAACAUAAAACAUUACACAUCGAUCAUCACAUACAAAACAAAGUUUCUUUGGCUAGAAAAAAAUGUUCGGAAGGAGAUGAUAUUAAUAAUCUUACUGUAGAUGAAAGUGCAGCGAUUCAACUCUAUACAAUGGAAUCAGAAACAGAACGAGAAAGUCUUUUUUACAUACUAAACUGUUUACUUCGUUUAACGGAUCGUAACGAAUUAGAACCAGUCUUACCCUAUUUCAAACUUCUAACUGGAGCCUUAGAAAAAUUACCAACAUUGAAUGGUGUCGUCUAUCGUGGUGUGAAUGGAAAUAUUUCAAGUAACUUUGUAAAAGGUAAAAAACUCACUUGGUGGGGUUUUAGUUCUUGUACACAGUCAUUGGAAGUGUUGCAAAAAGAGGAAUUUCUUGGAAAUAGUGGUCAAAGAACACUUUUCUACAUUGAAUGUAUUAAUGGAAAAUCAAUCGAAAAUUAUUCAUAUUCUUCGUCGGAUGAGAAAGAAGUUCUUCUUCCACCUGGUACUGAAUUUUUGAUCACCGGAAAAAAACGAGCAAAUCGUGGUUUAGCUAUUGUUCAUCUGAAAGAGAUUUGA